CAAGACAAAGUUGACAUACUGCAAAUGAAUAAUAGUUUUGUAUCUUUUUUCAUGUUUUUUCUGUGGAGAGAGGAUGUGAUCUUUGUGGUUGUCUUAAUUAAAAAAGACCUUAGAUAAGAUUAGUGCAAAGUCUUCUGUUGGCAUGUCUAGCGGAACAUAUUCACCAAUACCCACGCUGGAUGCUACAUCAUCAGUGACUCAAUCAUCUGGUUCGAAUUUAGGAACCACUAACUCAAAAAAAGAUUCCUUAACUAGUUUUACUACAACGGACCUGCAACAAAUAUCAUUAACCAACAGUGAACAUCCUAUUGAGCAAGCAGAUUGGGUUAGUGUUAAUGAAAAGUUACAAAAUCGUGGUUUAAAUGCAAUUGUUUUAACUCACCCAUCCAAAUUUCAAGCUGCAGAAGGAUUUGUUGUGCUUGAUGAAGAAAAUGCAGAAACAAUGCGAAAGACGAUUUUUCAUUUGCUACAGGAAAAUGAAAGACGUCAGACACUAUUUGAAGAACUUGCAAGUGAAUCUACAAAAUUGAAGGAAAGCAAAAAAGAACUUGAAAGAGAAGUCAAGAAAGGAAAGCACCAAAGAGGUCAUGAACAGCAUGAAACAGCAUCACACACUAACCCUCAAUUACAUGAAAGUGAGGGUACACGAACAUAUAGGAUAAUGCUUAAACAAAGAUAUGAGCAUCGCAUAGAAGCUUUGCAAGCAGAGAUUAACGAGCUCCGGCAGUCGCUAACUAUGCUGAAAAGUGAAACGCAUGAAAAAAUACAUCCUCAAACUUUUCUCAACAUUCCAUCCUCGAACCAACUUUUUCAACUUCCUGUGAAUACUGAUAGGUGUUUCAAGAAGCUGACACCAGAGUGUACACCGAGGUCCGUACAAACAGAACAACAACAGCAACUUUCGGAUGUUAUGGAUAUGAAGCUGCACAAAUACCGGAAGAAAUGUGCAUCUUUAAAAAUAAAAAAUGGAGAAUUGAAAGAUGAGAAUUCCAAACUUCACAGCAAAAUACACAAUUUGAAUGAAAAUUCUCACAACACAAGACUAGAUGGAAGCAGAUAUGAAGAGCUGCACAAACAGCAUAGAAAGCUGCAACAAAUACUUAAGCGUAACAAUCUCACAUAUCUAUUAGAUGGAGGACAUACUACGACCUCAAAAAUACAUGAAGUCGGAAAAAUACCAAUACAUGACUGUCAAAGAUACUUGCGCGAUAUCUGCUAUGCAUUGAAUGUGGACGAUAUCAACGAUGCCUUGAUGGUGGCAAGGUCUUACGAGAAGAAAAAGAACUAUUUUAAUGAAAUAGAAAAAUUACUGGAGAAAGUAAGCGACAUGUUACUAGGUGACGCGCCAUCUAGUAUGAGAGUUUUAGACGAUAGAAUGAAACUUCUAUCUGCUGUCGAUGAGUGGAAAACAGAACGCAAAGAACUCGAGGAGAUCUACUCAGCAUUAAAAGAUCUUACUCUUUUGAUCACACCUUGGAAGAUCAGUGAUGAGUCUUCUAUCCAAGAUGAUAUAUCACCGACACACAUUAUACAGCUAUUAAAAAACGUUACAGCCGACUUUUAUAAAGGCCCUACUAUAUCGCAGGAAGACACAGACAUAUAUAAAAACAUAGUUCAACAUUUCAUGCGAUUGUUUGACGUGCAAAAAUACGAAGCUGUGUACACAAGGAUGCACGAUGUCUAUGUGAAACAUUUUGAAUUGGUGAAUGUUUUCAAGUCGAUACGUGAAAUCCUUCAUUUGCGUGCGGAUUGUAGUCUCAACAACAUGGUCGAUGCAAUCGGACAAUUAGCAAAAGCGAGACAUCUACUUCACGUCCGGCAGUUAGACAGUGUCAUUCGACGUAUUGAAAAAUAUGAUGAAUUUUACGAAGCUUUUCAUCGCAUGGUGAAUGAACUGUUGGAUGUUUUGAAUCUUGAUAGUCUUGAUGAGAUCGUGCCAGCUGUUAAAGCACUACUACAGUUUCCAUCAUGAAAGAAUUACUAACAAAUGACUGUCCACUUAAAAUGUUAACUACAUGAGGAGUAUUUUUUUUUCCAACCGUGUUGUACUCAUGCAAAGUUGAUAGUCUUCAGCGGUUAAUUUAGUCAUUGGUUGAUUAAGGCGCUGUUUGUGUGUGAGGGAUUCUCUUUCACAUCUAAUACAACGUUUUUAUUAGCUUGACAUAAAAGACACUCUUGUUUCUGAGUUAUCAAAGGUUUUGGUUAUCACAAUAUUAAAACGCAAAACAUUAAACGAUGGACCUCAUCUACCAAAGCUGUCCUACGCAGAUCGAAGCUGAACUGCAUUGACCAAUCCUUGACGACUGACCAAAGCUGACUUAUACGACUACAAAGGGCUACCAUGAAAUACAUCAGACUAUUGUUAGAUGACACAAAUGCUGAACUACACAGGCCAUCGCUAGACUAAACAGACCAAAGUUGGACCACGCAGACCAAAGCUGGACUGAUCAACUAUAAGUUAUGGCUUGAGAAGCAUGACAUUCUGCUCGUAAAUACGGGUGGUGCUGAUACAAUACUGUAUUAAGUAUUAGGACCAAAUUUUGUAGUACUGACAGGAAAAAAUACAAUUCUUACAAAA